AUGGAAUGUCCCGCAAUUCUUAAGCUGAAACUGAUAAUCGAGAUGGGGAGGAUAUUCAUGGUAGAUCUGGAAGGCAGAACAUACAGGUGCAAGUUUUGCAAAACCCACCUGGCCCUUGCUGAUGAUCUUGUCUCUAGGGCAUUUCAUUGUCGCAGAGGAAAAGCAUACCUCUUCAACAAAGCUGUGAAUAUAACGAUCGGACCCCAUGAGGAGAGACUGAUGCUCUCUGGAAUGCACACGGUGGCUGAUAUAUUUUGCUGCUGCUGCGGCCAAAUAGUUGGAUGGAAAUAUGAAGCUGCACAUGAGAAAAGUCAGAAAUACAAGGAAGGAAAAUUUGUACUUGAAAGAGGAAGGAUUGUGGAUGGUUCGGAUUCGGAAUUCUUCAUCGACACUCGCCCAAGCAUGAGUGAUGAUGCUGAAGAUGCAUAG